GCGAUCCUGGUAAUUGCAGCUGUUUAGGUCAGGGCUUGCCCUGGCAGCGGGUAGUAACCAAAAGCGUGGUUGCGUCGUGGGUGCGUGGAAGUCAGGAGCCUGAGAUCUGCGGCAUCCUGGCCACACAACCCUCUCCCCAAGGAGGAGGAAGAGGCGCUGCCGACUCAGCGAGGGGCAGCUUGAGCACCCGAGGGGCUUUUCUUUCUUUCUUUCUUUCUUUCUUUCGUGAAGGACAACGUAGGGUUUCAGGGUACAGGUGAUCGAGCCAGAGAAAGAUGGAGCAGCCUGGGGCGGCGGCGUCCGGAACCGGAGGCGGCAGUGAGGAACCCGUUGGGGGCCGGAGCAACAAGCGUAGCACCGGGAACCGGGCCGCCAACGAAGAGGAAACGAAAAACAAACCCAAAUUGAACAUUCAAAUAAAAACUUUGGCAGAUGAUAUGCGUGACAGAAUUACAAGUUUUAGAAAAUCUACAGUCAAAAAAGAAAAACUUCUCAUUCAACAUCCUAUUGAUUCCCAAGUUGCUGUGAGUGAGUUUCCAGCCGCUCAGCCAUUAUAUGAUGAACGAUCUUUGAAUUUAUCAGAAAAAGAAGUUGUGGAUCUCUUUGAAAAAAUGAUGGAGGACAUGAACCUUAAUGAAGAAAAGAAGGCUCCUUUACGAGACAAAGAUUUUUCCACCAAACGUGAGAUGGUCAUCCAGUAUAUUUCCGCUACUGCUAAAUCUAUAGUUGGAAGUAAAGUUACGGGUGGACUGAAAAAUAGCAAACAUGAAUGUACCCUGUCUUCACAAGAGUAUGUUCAUGAAUUACGAUCUGGAAUUUCUGAUGACAAACUUCUUAACUGCCUGGAAUCGCUGAGGGUGUCUUUAACCAGCAAUCCUGUCAGCUGGGUUAACAACUUUGGCCAUGAAGGUCUUGGACUGCUUUUAGAUGUGCUGGAAAAGCUUCUGGACAAAAAACAGCAGGAAAAUAUCGACAAAAAGAAUCAGUAUAAACUUAUUCAAUGCCUCAAAGCAUUUAUGAAUAAUAAGUUUGGAUUGCAAAGAAUUCUGGGAGAUGAAAGAAGUCUUUUCCUAUUGGCAAGAGCAAUUGAUCCCAAACAACCCAACACGAUGACUGAAAUAGUAAAAUUACUUUCUGCUAUUUGCAUUGUUGGAGAAGACAACAUACUAGACAAACUUUUAGGGGCCAUUACUGCUGCAGCAGAAAGAAAUAACAGGGAACGAUUUUCACUAAUUGUGGAAGGAUUACAAAGUCAUGAGGCCUUGCAGUUACAGGUGGCAUGCAUGCAGUUGAUAAAUGCCCUUGUUACUUCUCCAUAUGACCUUGAUUUUCGAAUACAUUUAAGGAAUGAAUUCCUUCGUUCUGGCCUCAAGACAAUAUUACCAGAUCUCAAAGAAAAAGAGAAUGAUGAGCUUGAUAUUCAAUUAAGAGUGUUUGAUGAGAAUAAAGAAGAUGACAUAACUGAACUAUCACAUCGUCUCAAUGACAUUCGAGCAGAAAUGGAUGAUAUGAAUGAAGUAUACCAUCUUUUGUAUAAUAUGCUGAAAGACACUGCUGCUGAAACUUACUUUUUAUCUAUUCUCCAACAUUUUUUGCUGAUCAGAAAUGAUUAUUAUAUCAGACCCCAGUAUUAUAAAAUAAUUGAGGAGUGUGUUUCACAGAUUGUACUGCACUGCAGUGGUAUGGAUCCAGACUUCAAGUACAGGCAAAGAUUAGACGUUGAUUUCACUCAUCUGAUAGAUUCCUGUGUGAACAAGGCAAAAGUUGAAGAAAGUGAACAGAAAGCAGCAGAAUUUUCAAAAAAGUUCGAUGAAGAAUUCACAGCUCGACAGGAAGCGCAGGCUGAGCUUCAGAAAAAAGAGGAAAAAAUCAGAGAACUUGAAACAAUAAUCCAGCAACUUCAAACCCAGGUAUUGUGUGGCUCAUCUGGAACUACAGGGCCUCGCCCAGCGCCUCACAUGCCUGGUGCUGGGCCAUGUUCACCAACACCUCCACCACCACCUCUACCUGGAGCAGGUCCUCCACUACCACCUGGAAUGCCUGGUAUUCCACCACCACCACCACCUUUGUUUGGGGGACCUCCUCCUCCUCCCCCACCUCCUGGAGGAAUGUCCAUGAAUCUACCUUAUGGAAUGAAGCAGAAAAAAAUCUAUAAGCCUGAAGUAUCCAUGAAGAGAAUCAACUGGUCAAAGAUUGAGCCUAAGGACCUAUCUGAGAACUGUGUCUGGUUAAAUGUAAGAGAAGAUAAAUUUGAGAAUCCAGAUCUCUUUGCAAAAUUGGCCUUGAAUUUUGCCACCAACAUAAAAGUUCCAAAAAGCUCAGAAGCUUCUGAAGAAAAGAAGGCUACACUUGUAAAGAAGAAAAUGAAAGAGUUGAGGAUUCUGGAUACCAAAACAGCCCAGAAUCUAUCUAUCUUCCUGGGAUCAUAUCGCAUGCCAUAUGAAGAUAUAAAAAACAUUAUUCUCGAGGUUAAUGAAGACAUGCUGAGUGAGGCAUUAAUUCAGAAUCUUGUGAAGCAUCUUCCUGAGCAGAAAACACUUACUGAAUUAGCACAGCUGAAGAAUGAAUAUGAUGACCUCUGUGAGUCUGAGCAAUUUGGAGUUGUGAUAAGCUCCGUGAAAAUGCUGCAGUCUCGUCUCAAAAGCAUUCUUUUCAAGCUCACUUUUGAAGAACAUGUCAACAACAUCAAACCCAGCAUCAUAGCAGUAACUCUUGCUUGUGAAGAACUGAAGAAAAGUGAGAGCUUUAACAAACUUUUGGAGUUAGUUCUCCUGAUUGGAAACUAUAUGAACUCAGGCUCCAGAAAUGCUCAGUCUUUAGGUUUUAAGAUCAACUUUCUUUGUAAGAUCAGAGAUACAAAAUCAUCAGAUCAAAAAACAACACUUUUGCAUUUCCUUGCUGAACUUUGUGAGGAGAAAUACAGAGAUAUCCUGAAAUUUCCUGAUGAACUGGAACAUGUAGAGAGUGCAAGCAAAGUUUCAGCGCAGAUUCUCAAGAGCAGCCUUACAGCAAUGGGAGAACAAAUUACCCUUCUAGAAGGUGACAUCAAGAGAUUUCCAGAACCAGAAAGUCCACGUGAUAAGUUCGUGGAAAAGAUGAAGAACUUUACCAAAACUGCCAGAGAACAAUUUGAAAAGCUAUCUACCAUGCACAAUAACAUGAUAAAGCUCUAUGAAAACCUUGGUGAAUACUUCAUUUUUGACUCUAAGACUGUGAGCAUGGAAGACUUUUUUGGUGAUCUCAACAACUUUCGAAGUCUGUUUUUGGAAGCCAUGAAAGAAAACAAUAAGAGAAAAGAAAUGGAGGAGAAGAUUAGGAGAGCAAAGCUCGCAAAAGAGAAAGCAGAACAAGAAAAGGUGGAGCGCCAGAAGAAAAAGAAACAGCUCAUCGAUAUGAACAAAGAGGGUGAUGAGACUGGUGUGAUGGAUAAUCUUCUAGAAGCCCUGCAAUCAGGUGCAGCAUUCCGAGACCGUAGAAAGCGGAUUCCAAGGAACUCAGAUAACAGACGAGCACCUUUGGAAAGGUCACGCUCUCGCCACAACGGAGGAGCCAUGUCAUCUAAGUGAUUGCUGAUACCAAAGAAUAUGAAAAUAUUUAAGUAAACAAAAUCAGACAUUUUGAGAACAAAACCUUCACUCAAGAGUUGGAGUGGACUAAGUACAUUCCUGCAAAGUCAACCCAAGCUGGAUAAAGUAAUGUGUGUUUGUAAACCCACUGCAGGACUCCUCCCCCAAUUUUCCUAAUUAAAACACAACUGUCACACUUAUAAUGUGACUUUAAGGUCACGCUUAAACGUAAAGCUGUAUUACUUGUCAUGCUGUGUGACCUGACUCUGAAGAGGAAACUAUUCAAAAUUGAGGAGUUCUAAGGCGUUCACAAACAUUCUGUUGCAAAAUUUAAAUCUGAUAUGGCUAGGUCAUGCCCCGCCUCCCAAAAAAAAGAAAAAGAAUAAGAAGCAAGAGAACAAAAUAAAUAGAAUUAUUUAGUAUCUGCUUCCAACUCUCAUUAUGUAUAUAAAAGGAAAAGGUCAAGAAAGAUAUUCAUGUUAAUGGUUUGGAAAGGGGCUCAUAUUGAACACCAUUUGGGGAGUUCAGCAAAAGUACUGUUCCACCCCAGCCAAGUUAUUUAAAAUCUUAUCACAAGUGAAAGAUGAUGGAUUCAUCUACUUUCUCUGAAAUUAAACUUAUCACUAGUCUAGCUUUUCAGCAUGAUAUUGCAGGCAUUUAUCAUUACUAAAAAUUAAAACAAAGUUUAACAGAAUUAGUUAAAAUGAUUUAAACUUGAUUUAAAGAAGUAUUUUCUAAUUAUGCAUAGAUAUCUACUUUAUACUAAUACUUUAUAUGGAUAUUUUUAAGAAAAAAUCCCUACAUUUUAAUGUUUAUGUUAGAGAUGAACCUGAAAAUUCUAAUACCUUUAUUUAGAUUUUAAAGGAAAAUACUGAUUCCUGUUUUGUGGUGGGUUUUCUCUCUCUCUAUUCUUUCUCCCUUGACCUCCUUGAAGACAGGGGAGAGCAUUCUAUAAGACUUGAGAGGAAUGAUAUUUCUUUCCAAAGGAGGUAAUAGAAACUAUCUAAAAGGUCAAUUGUUUUUUCCCCUUUUUACUCUCCUUGCCUACUUUAGUUGUCUGAAGAAAAAAUUCUAUGUAUGUAUGUAUAUAUGUGUGCAUAUAUUUAUAUCUCUCAAUAUAUCUCUGCAGUAAUUCCAUAUUCCAGUAACAAGUGAAUUUCUCAAUCAUCAUCACAUUUACUUACUUUCUUUUAACAAAUUUAACAAUGUUGCUAGAACAACUUUCAGAAGGAAAACAAGUUCAAUAUUUUUAAAUAUAUGAGAGAGUUAAAGUUUUACUUAACAUGUCUAUUAGUUUAAAAUGAGUGUUGAAAUAAUUGCUAUAAGUUCUCUAGAGUAUAAUUUUAAGACUAAUUCAUGCAUAUUAUUGUGAUUACUGUAAGAUUUUUGUAUGUAUAUUUCUUAUGUAGAAAAUACUAUUUUUACUUCUCAAACAUUUGCACCCAAAAACAAUGGCUGACUUAAA